CGGGGUGCGCUGGAAUGCCGCAUGCCGCGGCGCUCCACAACACAGUCGCCGUUCGGCUGCCACACAACAGACGUCAGGCAACGGGCCGCCCGACGCGCUGGAAUUCCACUCCGCCUGUCACCGGCCUCACGAUCUAGCUGGGUCCGUUGCCCACUGCCAGGCUGCGACAGUGGAGACUGGGAGAGGGCAGCGUCGAGUGGCAGCUGAAGCCGAGAUGGGGGAGCUGGAGGUGGGCGCUUGGUUCUCGGGCCGCAGCGUGCUGGUGACGGGCGCCACGGGCUUCGUGGGCGGCGUGCUGCUCGAGAAGCUGCUCCGCGAGUGCCCCCGCCUCGCCGCCGCCCACCUGCUGGUGCGGCCCGGCGCCCGGGAGACGGCCGAGCAGCGCGUCGCGCGACUCCUCGACUCACCGCUGUUCUCGCAGCUGGAGGGCGACGAGUGGCGGCAGCGCGUGUUCGCGGUGCCGGGAGACGUGUCGCGGCCGCAGCUGGGGCUGCAGCUGCCUGAGGAGGCGGCGGCGCGCCUGCUAGAGGAGGUGUCCGUCGUCUUCCACUGCGCGGCCUCCACCAGCCUGGCCGCCGGCCUGCGCCGCACAGUCACCGCCAACCUCGACUCCACACAGCACUUGCUCGACCUCUGCAAGCAGAUGCCCAACCUACAGGUCUUAGUGCACAUGUCGACGGCGUUCUGCAACUGCGUGGUGCGCGACGCAGUGGCAGAGCGCGUCUACCCCACCAGCCUGCCGCCGGAGCGCGUGCUGGAGCUCGUCCACGGCCUCACGGACGCAGAGCUGGAGGCCGCCACGCCCAGCCUGGUCGGCGGCCAUCCCAGCGCGUACACCUUCAGCAAGCAGCUGGCUGAGAACCUGCUGGUCGAGCGCCGGCCGCCUGGACUGAGACUCGUCAUCGUGCGGCCCUCCAUAGUAUGCGGCGCCGCGAGCGAGCCGGUGGCGGGCUGGAGCGGCGGCGCGGUGGGCGACGGCAGCAGCGCCGGGGCCUUCCUGGUGGGCGCCGUCCACGGCGUGUUCCGCGUCGCCGCCGCCGACCCCAGGGAGGAGGGCGUGCAGGUGUACCACGCGACGUCCGGCGACCGGCGGCCGCUGCGCUGGGGCGAGUACGCGGCGCUAGUGCAGCGCGCCUGCAGGAGGGCGCCCAGCCGGCGGCUGGCGGCGCCGCCCACCACCUACUGCCGCGCCUGGCCGCCAACCGCCGCCCUCACCUUCCUCGUCACGCACCUGCUGCCCGCGCUGCUUCUGAACGCCCUGCGCAGGGACCAGGGGCUGCUGCAGGCGCAGCGGAAGUACUGGCGCGCCAUGUGGCGUGCGCGCUUCUUCUCGUGCCGGGACUGGCGUUUCCGGACUGGUGCCGCCGACAGACUGCGUGCGCGCAUGUCGCCGGCCGACCUCCGUCGAUUUGCUGUCGACGUCGACUCUGCCGGCGUCGACUGGGAACGACUCUUCAGCGACUCGGCGCUCGCCGUGCGCCGCUACGCGCUGCGGGAGGACCCCGCCACCAUACCAGCCGCAAGAGCGCGCAUGCGCAGGCUGGAGGUGACCUUCUGGUUGGUGGUACUGUGCAUUGCAUCAGUGCCGCUACUGCUGUUCACAGACAUUGUAGUAGGUGCCAUCUGCUCGGUGCUGGUCAUCACAUUCCUGCUCUGGCUGUGAGAUGAACCACCACCACUAGACAGUCAGCUCACCAGCAUCUGUCUCCUGCCUGGUACCUGCUUUCAUACCCACCGUUGCUACCAGCAUCGACAUGUCUAUGAAUUUUUAGUGAAUACUGUCUGUCAGCUGUCACUUUGGUAAUUGUGAAGUGUAAUCAUGACAAAAGUAAUGCUUGUAUUGUGCCCAUCUGUAUUGUAAUGUAUUCUUACUGGUUACAGUACAACCUGUUUUAUCUCCUCAA